CUCGGUGAUCGAGAUGCAAUUGAGCAGUGGCAGCUAGCUUUUGCGCAUGUCCCCCCGGCACGUCCACUAUUCACUACUGUUACGUGGCAUCUUUAACCUCUGCCAUCAGAUCCUUCUCCACGCACUACGUACUUCUGUAUAUACUCAUCCACCGCUUGCUGCCUUUGAUUUCAACAUUUCAGAGCGAACUGAGCUAGCUAGCUAGUAGCAGAUGCGAUCGAGAGAAGUGGGAAGUGAGAACAGGCGAGGUAGGAGAGAUAAUUAGGCGACCAGAAUAUCAGGGAAAGAGCAUGGAGGCCGUUCCGGUGGGCGCCAAGUGCGAGAGGUGGAACCCGACAGCAGAGCAGGUGAAGGUGCUGACCAACUUGUUCCGAUCGGGGUUGCGCACCCCGACCACCCACCAGAUCCAAAUGAUCUCCGCCCACCUCGGCGCCUUCGGCAAGAUCGAGAGCAAGAACGUCUUCUACUGGUUCCAAAACCACAAAGCCCGCGAGCGCCACAACAAGAAGCGCCGCCGCGGCCCCCCUGACGAUGACGACGAAGACGGCACCGCCGCUGGGGAUCACCGCAAGUCCAGAACCAGAUGUUUCCGCGUAGGGUGCAGCAAGGGGAAGCAGGAAGUGUACUGGCAGCGGAAGGAGGUCAGAGGAGAGACGGAGACACUGGAGUUAUUUCCGUUGAAGUCAUCCAUCUCCGAGGAGGCCGACAAGGUGAUCACCGUGAGAGGCGAGCUCUGCGGACGACGAGCAUUAUACUUGGAUGCAGCUGGAAGAGAUCAUCCGCCGUUGGAUUUGCGAUUGAGCUAAAAUUACGUCGAGUAAAUUUAACCUAGUUUAGAUCCCUCAUUCCGCUUCAUAUUUCUCCGUGUUGAAUCCUACUUGAAAGAUCCAUAGCUAGCUAGCUAGCUAGCUUGCUUGCAUGCAGUGUGUUUUGAACUUCUGUAGAUUUGUUUGUUGUUCUUUUAAUUUCCUACUGAUAUUUGAGUACGAGUCACUGUGGU